AUGCCAAUCAGUAUCGCAAUAUGCGGUGCUGGCCCAGCCGGCCUCACCCUGGCCCGCCUUCUUCAAAUUUCUGGCUUGGACGUCUCCGUCUCGGUAUAUGAAAGAGAUGCAUCGUCUACUUCACGACCAAGUCAAGGAGGCACCUUGGACUUACAUCCCGACACAGGACUUGCCGCACUGAGGCAAGCCGAGCUAUUCCAUGCGUCUGUCCAGCAUCUCAGAUAUGAUGGAGAAGAGAUGGUCAUUGCUGAUAAGAAUGCCACGACAUUCAUCCACAUGAAGGAACAACCAAAAUGGGCAGGCGGGAAAUUCGCAAGACCGGAGAUCGACCGCGAGAACUUGCAACGAAUUCUCCUUGACAGCGUUGAGGCGUCGUGGAUACAUUGGGGUAAAAAACUUGAAGACAUCGAGGAUGACACGAGGAUCUUGCGAUUUCGUGACGGUUCCACAGCAGGACCAUUUGACUUGGUCGUUGGUGCUGAUGGUGCAUGGUCCAAAGUCAGACACGUUCUCAGCGAUGUCCGUCCCCAGUAUGCCGGUGUCUGUGGGUUUGCGGGCUUGAUCACAGCCCCGGAUGAAGUCUUCCCACAUAUUUCCAAACAGGUCGGCCAGGGCAUCUAUCUCGCCAUAUCUGACAAACGAACGCUUACGGCACAGAGACUGGGAGAUGCGAGUAUAAGUGUGCAUGCCUGGCUCUCGCGAGAGGAGCAUUACGCCGCAGACCUCGUUGGUACUUAUCAGUAUGAUGAAUCAAAGCUCAAGCAGAAGAUCAUGGACCAAUAUCACGACUGGGCACCGGAGUUGAAGCAGUGGAUUGAGGUCAGCAGCAAGAUAGAGGCUCGGAACCUAUAUGAACUGCCCGUCGGACAUACCUGGGAGCACAAACGUGGUUAUACACUCAUUGGAGAUGCCGCGAGUCUAUUCACCCCGUUUGCGGGCGAAGGUGUCAACAAGGCAAUGAAGGACAGCUUAGUCUUGUGUGAUGCCCUCAAGGAUGCCUUACAAGACGGCAAUGGCAGUCUCGAAAACCUUGAUAUGGCGGUGCAAGCAUACGAAACCGAAAUGUUCGUUCGUGCCAAAUUCUGGCAGGCAGAAACCAUGAAGAACAAAACACAUAUGUUCGGGGAUGGAGGUGUGCCAGAUUUUCUAGCGGAAAUGACAUUGUCCGUCUUUCGGGAAGUUGGGAUCGAUCUGAGUAAAGGCCUGUGGCGAUUUCUCCCUGCCCACUUCUGCGCGCGAUGGAUUGCCACAUCGGUCCAGAAAGUCGGUUCUUGGAGGAGAUCCAUCCGAGAAUGGUUCCGGAAAUAA